AAGAUUAUUUAUUUCCUAAAUCUUAGGAUUAAAUUCUAUUUCAAAAGUAAAUUAUUAAGGGGGGGCAAUUGUUUAGAGCCUUGGCUCAAUAUAAACUUUUCCCUUAUUUAAAAUGUCAAAAACCUGAACUAAUAAAAGGCUAAAUGCCCAGCUGUGUGAAAUUUUGAGGUGGCCCCAAUUUGAUUGUUUAGAGCCUUGGCUCAAUAUAAGAUUUUCCCUUAUUUAAAAUGUCAAAAAGCUCAUCUAAUAAUAGGCAAAUUGCCCAUGUGUGUGGCUGUAAUAAAGGGUGCAAGACAUAUGUCCUAAAAAGGCUUUGAUAUCUGUAUGCAUGUUUGUAACAAAGGAAUUGAGACACAUGUACCUACUUAGAGACAUACGUUCCCUUCUCAGGGUCAGCACAGUGCGAUUCAACUGACAUUCUCUUGGGUUUAAUAGAGAGAAGACGGAUUGAGAGAGAGAGAGAGAGAGUUUUUGCAUCAAUGUUUCUGUAGCCCUCAGAUAGGGUUUCACUCAAGAGAUUGCAACAGUGGUGGCUCAGAUGGGUUCUCUCUCUACUGAUCUCCCUGAUGAUUUGAUGAUUAAAAUCCUCUCACAGCUCCCUGUUGAAUCCAUUCUAAGGUUCAAAUCUGUUUCCCAAUCAUGGAAUUCACUUCUCUCCUCCUCCUCUUUCGCCACCACCCACUCUCUCUCCUCUUCUGCGCUCUCUCCAACUUUCCCUCUCCUCGUGCUCGAGCACCUCAUCUCUUACAUUCCGCCAUCCCAACCCCUUCCUCUCUCUAACCCCACUUUUUCUGGCCACCUAACACUUAUAUUUCAGCCAAAAUCCGAUUCAUCAAACUUAGCUUGCAGCCAGGGCAUGGUGUGCUUCCAAGACUUUGCUUCCUCUGAAUCUUUUGAUCUUUUUGUAGGCAACCCUGCAACUGGCAACUUCGCCGCUCUUCCUGCACCAAGUCAAUACUUCAUAGUGUUGACUCCGGGUUUUGAUGUCGACCCCAUCUCUCGAAAUUUCAAGAUUUUGGCUUUUGGAUACCCAGCAAUGGGUAUUUCCUUUCAAGGGGGUCAAUGGUUCUUGUUUUGCUCAAUUGCCAGUAAUUGGAGACCAAUUCGAGAGAUAUCAAUUCAAAGCCUGGUGCCGUAUUUUGAUUGCCGCUGCCGCUAUGGAGAAAAAAUGGUGUGUAUUCGCAAUACCUUCUAUACCAUCUGUCAUGAUGGUCCUAAAGUGGUGGCUUUUGAUGUAGAGAGAAAAACCUGGGAUCAGAUCUUGACUCCGGAGAAUGCGGACCAGAACAAUUUCUUUCAAAUCCAAUUGUGGAAUGGCCGAGUCUCUGUUUCGCAAAUACUUGAAGGUUUCAUACUGAAAAUGUGGGUUUUAAGUGAAGAGAAGAAUUGGGUUCAGGUGAUACAACUGGGUCUUGAAUCUAGCAUAAGCUCAAAUCUAGAUAUGAUGUAUUAUGAUAUGAGACCAGUUCUCUUAAUGGGGGAUACAUUAUUCAUCCGUUGGAGGUUGAAGGAAGAGAGUGUCAUAGCUUAUAAUGUGAAAAAUCAAACCCAUCGAUUAAUACUUGAAGGUUAUCCCCUGCAUUCUGUUUCCAACUUUGAGCCUUAUCGACCUACCCUCUUCAGCUUGUGAUCCGCUUCAGACGGGAUCAAAGAAGUUCAUUAUCUGGGAAAAUUGUGGCUGCAUAGGAUGUAAUGGCUCUGAGAAAGUUGGUAGUUUUUUGGGUUUUAGCAGUUAACCUUUAGGAAUUUUAGAUGCCAGUGUUAAUAGUUGUCAGGUUUGGUGUUUUAUUUCAUCUUAUUGCACUUAAAGAAUGCAAUCACAUGUUGUUACUAAUGUAUCAGUGUUGCUUAUACCAACUCUCUCUAUAUAUGUAAGUUAGUUGGUUUUCAUCAGUGAAACUUCUAUCACCAACCUUCCUCUCAGAAAAGAAGAAAGAAAGCCAGCCACUAUUUCAUUUGAGCAAUGACAAUGGAGGCCUAGUGAAUUAGCCUGCAAAAAUUUGCUUCUCAUUUCUUGUGUUAUCUUUGCUUGUGUGAUACUAUGUAUAUUGCUCUAAUUAAGACUUAUGUCAUGGUGUUCAGACCAGGAACCUUUGUUUAUCUCCCACUAUGUUAUUAUAAUAUUAUUUUAA